GUAUGUAUAUUAUGUGUAAAAUAGUGUAUAGAGGAAUAGUCUGUGUAUCGUGUAUGGUUGUGUGUUGUGAAUAGAAUGCAACGUAUACCGCGAACGGUUCAUUACGUGUCUGCGUGUGUUUCGGAACGACCGUUCUGCGCAUUUCAGUACAGCAGAAACGGGUCAUUCCAAUCGUAGAAUUUGCGUUUCUCGACCGUUUCACGACUCCAUUUCUGUUCCAUAAGCAAGCCUGAUAACUCACGAUGGCUGAAGUGGAAUUUUCGGAGGAGAUUCGCGACCGAAUUCUCUACCACUGGUCGGAAUUGGGUGACCGGCCGAAAAUCAUUUGGACACGGUUGCAGGAAGAAGGUUUCAAUGUUGAUUUUAAUACCGUGCAGGCGCUAAUGCGAUGCGAAGACGAAGAGGCGACCGGGAGUGGAACGAUAGCGGAACACGAGAAUGAGGAGAGCCGGAACGACGGGGCUAGCGUUUCGCCAUACCCCGAAGGGAAUUCUCCCGCUUCUACGGAAUCGCCUGCGAGCGUUCGACCCCACUCACGACGUGGAAAAAACAGAGAGGGUAAAAUAGUCGUCCCUCAAAACAGACGUACCAAGUUAACACCAGACGUGCUCAAUUUAAUCGAGAAAAUCCUCGACACCGAUGGAAAUAUUUACUCCCUCGCAGCUCUCCAAGCGGCUUUACUUAUCAAGGGCGUUAAGAUAUCGAAAACGACGACUUUCAGGGCGCUUGAAAAAUUAGGUAGGAGCAUUGUUGUGAAGAAGAUGAACUUCGCUAACAGAGUCGACAUGGCCCCCGUACCGGAGAGUCUGCGAAAGAACACCCCGGCCCAGAAGAACACCCAUUUCGCUCCUAACUUUGGAGCGCGCAGUACUACUUUUACACCAGAUGGCAAACGUAGACACCACACGUUAACUAUACGCGAGAUGGAAUCGCUCGAAUCGCAGUCCCAUGACAAAAAAGACCACCGUGAACUCGUUCCGAUGACCACGGCGCCUGUUUCGACGUCCACUUCGACCAGCGUUUCGACAGCCACGGGAGCUGGGGCUCGAAUUGAGACAGGGUCAGCGGGACCGGUGCUGGUUUUGCCCCCGAAGAAGGCGGCAACUGCGUCUUCGUCGACGUUGAAGUUGGUGCUCGGUCACGGGGGGAUGACGUCGUACACGUCGGCGCCUCUCGACGAGGAAUCCGUAGAUGGCCACGGUGAUGAGGAAGGAGCGAACAAACCGGACAAGAUGGAAACGCAGGAAUCUGUUCGGAGUCAAUCGCCGGCUGAAAGACCAGUGCCGACGGUGAAGAAAGAGAUAGUCGACGACGACUACGAGCUCAAGGUUGAUGAAGACUAUGAGUUAACCGUCGAUGAAGGAGAGCUAUCUGGUAGACGCUAUGAAGAACGACCACGAAGCGAGGAACAGCCAGAAGACCUGGUGAUCCGCAGGAGUGGCCCUAGAGGGAGAGACAGGAUUCCUCCAGCGGUUUCGUCCUGGAUGGAGAGAACACAGGACAACGAUGACGAGGCAGCUAUUCUGGAGGCGAGGGCGAUGACACGACGUCGCCUGUCGCAUCCACGCGGUCAGAUGAUGGGCUCGGAUGAGGAGUUCGACUCGGAUCCCGAGACCGUUGUCAACCCGAAGAGACCGUCGUCUCUCGGAAGGUCCUCGGUUGGUUCUGUUCAUAGCACCCAUAGUGCCCACAGCGCUGGUUCUCGUACCACGCACUCCUCGCAUGGCUUCUCGAAGAAUCCCGAAGACAUGGCGAGGUCUGGUCGGAGCAGCAGUACUCUGACGUCACAAAGCGGAAGUUCUGGUGGCAGCGGUGGGAUGGAGAGAAACCGUAGAUCGCCAAUGACGUCAUCAGCAACCGCCGCCGCUAUGGCCGCAGCGAGGAUGAGCCACUUCCCACUCAGCUUACACAGGUCACAGAUGUGCAACGCGGCAGCGAUGGCGAGUCGCCUCGCGCAUGGCAUCACACCGGAGAUGGGAGCGGCCUUCCACGUCGGGCAACGUCGCCUGCCCUUAUCCGCAGGCAGAGGCGGCGUAAAGCAACCCUUCAUGAGCAAGUUCCAGCGGAACAUGAUAGGGAUGCGACAGGCCAUGGCAUCGAGUAUGCCCAGACGGAUGCACAGGAUGUCCCCCGGGUUCCCGCACGGCGUCCCGCUACACAAGUACCAGAAGAUGGUUCGCAUGCACCACGCCAUGGGUAAGGCCAUGCGGGGGAUGCACAUGUUCGGUCGAGGAGGAGGAAGAGGCAGGGGCAGGGGCAGAUGCCACGGGGACCAGGAGGAGAGGCACGCAAGGCACAUGAGGUUCAACGAAGCACACGAGAGAACGUCACCGCAUAGCCCGGAUCACUUCAGUGGUGAUGAGAUUUCUCCAGAGUUAGAGAUUGAUCCUCCGGAGUCUUACAGCGAGUUCGCGGAGAGGAUCUUCUCGACUAACCGCAGCCAAAGACAGAUUGAACCCGCAACAGAAACUAGUGGAACUGAAAAAUGGAUGGAAGACAUCUCCAAUCGCAUGGUAGUCAUCGAGGGCCAGCUCCAGCUUAUCCUGGAGCAUCUCCCCUUCAUGGGUGCAGCCGAGAUGCAGAGUGUCUCUUCGGAUCCCGGUGGAGCGGGCAGUGAGGUGGACUCGGGUCUCCAGGAAGAUAGUGGGGCUGGACCAGGAGGGGCCGGUGACGACCGGAGCGGUGGUGGAGAUGCUGAAGGUGAUGCGGGAGAAGGGGGUAGAGGUAGAGAUAGGUCGUCUGAAAACGGCGGAGGAGGAGGAGGAGGAGGAACAGGAGGAGAGACUGGAGAAAGAAGCGGGAGAAAGCGCGUGGUAAGCGGCGGGAGCUCGGCAGGAUCUACUUCCCGUGGGGCCGUUGCCCCAAGUUUAAGGGACAGAGACGGAGGGAGACAUCUCGCAGCAGAGAGGCGACACGCAGGAGGCAAAGAGGGUGGAGCUCGACGUGGAGACGCGAGAGUAGGCUUCAGGGCUGGAGCAACGCAUCUAGCUGGAGCUGAAGGGAGACAGGAGCUAGAGAGACCGAUGGAAGAUGAUGGGAUCAUCAUGCUCGAUGAUAAGGCAGAGGAGGGCCGCUUUCCUGACAACCUGUCCGAGUUUGGAGACAUGCGAGGUGUCAAUCAGUCACAAACAGAAGUUCGUAUACAGAUGGUGAUGCAAGACUCUAGGUGGGAAGAGAUGACGCCCUAUGCCGGAGCUCCCCGGUUGGCUAUCGCUCUCGCCCGCUACUGUAUCUUCGGGACUAAGAUUCUGAUCCGAUCCUCGGUCACUGGGCGUAACAGCAAGAACCCGCUUGACUUUGCUGGCUUGAGAAAGAUAAAACACCUCCUCUUCCAGAAAUACGGGUCCCGGUGCAGUCCCGUCGAGUUUGAGGUGAUCUGGAAGACAUCACGAGAAAGCAUCUCACAGCUGUGUAAGCGACUGAGAAGAAAAUACAACGCAGCAGGUAUGGCCCUGCAACCCGGUCACGAUGACUUGAUGGCUAUGGAUGAUUUUAUGGUAGACUGCCCUCUCUUGACGUGAGACAGCACAGUGGUGUUACCUGAAAGUGGAGAGAACACCAAUUGGUGUGAAAGCAACCGAGAGAACUUGAGAUGUGAUAGGUGUUGCCUGGAUAACAUCCAUACUACUAAACCCGUUCAAGAAAUUCGAUGGAUUUGAGUCUUACUAAGCCUUACUACAAUAUAUAUCCUAAAGACGGAGGUGAUUGCCUGUUCAAGACACUGACUGAACUGUUGGACUGUACUGUGAUGUGGUUUUUAAAUAAUAAUAAAACAUUCACAGUUACCUAGUCACAAUCCUGAAGCAUAGCUGCUUACAUUGGAUCUCGAGAGAUAAAACAAAACGCUGAUGGAUUGCAUUUCUAUAAACUCGUACAUGUACAAACUACAAUCUCUAAGAUAAAUGGUUGGAAAUAUAUUGUUGCUAUCAAUGCUAAGCUUCGUGCAGUCGGCUGUACAGUGAACGAGUAGGAAGAAAGUGGACUGCAUGUACUGAACAGUGAUCAUGGAGUUUCUCCUAUAAAUCAACCAAUAUUUACUUACACUGGUAUAAGACUAAAAAUAAACCGUCAAUGUAACUGAUUUGAUAAUAUUGAAUGAACAAAUAACAGUGACAAUUCGUUGACCAGGGACCCGUUUCACAAAGCCUUUUUUUUCAAUGACAAAUGACAAAAAUCAGUGACAAAUCUGUUGAUAACCAAUCAGAAGCAAAGAUUUCAGUAGCUUAUAACAAAACUGUCAUUUGUCACUGAUGACAAGUUUUGUGAAACGCCUCCCAGGGCCCUGUCAUAUGAAGAGUUGAUAAUUGAUAUUAAUCGCAAAUAAGUUGUGAUUAAUAGCAAAUGUUUAUAACAUGGAUCUCAGUUCUACCUGUACAUUUUGGAAUGCAAGGACGAUUACUUUCAAAUGGCGAUCAUUACAUAAUAGCUCAAAAGAUUAAAGGAAUAAACACAUCUCAAUCAUGCGCAAAUAUACAUUGGAACAAUAAUAGGCGAUGUAUUUUUCAACAAGUCGAGAUCAUAUAAUAUGCAAUAUAUGUAGUAAUAUCAUGUUUCAUGACCUAUUUGUAUAUUUUAUAUUUUAUGCAAAAGUAUAAUCUUGAUUGUCUCGUUAUCAUGCAUAUUAUACUUGGCAUCGUUUCACAAAACCGUCACAAGUACUACUUUACCGACAUCUCUUUGAAGCGCGUGUUAAAUUUGAUACACGCGUUUUAAGGGGUUGUCGGCGAACUUGGACUUGUGACACUUUCGUGAAACGCUGCCCUGGAAGCCGUUUCACAAAGCUUUUUUUCAAUGACAAACGACAGAAAUCAGUGACAAAUCUGCUGAUAACCAAUCAGAAGCAAGGAUUUCACUGGCUAAUAACAAAACUUGUCAUUUAUCACUGAUGACAAGUUUUGUGAAAUGGGGUCCUGGACUAUAAACAUGCAAAUGUUUUACCUAGAAAAACAUAAUCUCUGAGUGCCUGUUUGCCUGGUUUCAUAAAGAAUUUAUCUGUCAUGUUUUUACUUGCCAGUAUUAGUAUCUCCAUUCGCAUUGCUUUUACUUGUUUUCUUGGAGGAUGGGGGUAAACAUUUGAUUCUUUUACAUGUUUGCAUUUCAUUUGUAUUUUCUGAUAGUGUUCAAAGUCAUAAAAAACAUCAUUUUGAUUUGUCAAUUUGUUUUCAAAUAAUAAACAAAUGAUUAAAAAUGGCAUUAUUGCCAGCGAUAUAAUUAUCCAGAAAUCUUCACAUCUCCCCCUCCACUUUUUCUUUUCCUGUUCGUAUAAUAGUAGCAGGAAAAUGAAACAAAAAGUGUCAUCGUUAUCCGAGGAAUCUUAUUCCGUUCCUUUAAAUUGAAUGAAUACCACAAACAUGAAAAUAUGUGAUGAAUCUAUUCUUGCCACCUGUGUUUGAUAUAAUGGAAAUAUGCUACUCAGCUCAACAUUAUUUGUAAAUGUUGAACGUAAAUAUAUACAUGUAAGUCAUGGACUUAUGAGACACAUGUAAAUCAAAGUCCGUUUUUUUUCAUAGUCAGAACAAGACGUUCUGGUCGAAUUUACAAGUCAGCGAUGUUUCGUUGUUGGAGCAUUACGUUUCUUUUCACAGUUUUUCUUUUGCAAUGGGCAAUUUUCCAUAUGAUUUUAGACACCUCAAAAUAUCAAUGUGUCUUUUUAUAUUAUUGUAAAUUCCCUUUUUUUUCUUCUCAAAACAAUACAUACACAAUUGAAGAUUUCAAAUAAUAAAUGUAUCAUACAAUGUCAACUGUCACAAUAAUUUGUCCAUGUGUAUGUAGAUAUGUUUGUAUCUGACUAAACGAAACAAUUUUUUGUUCGUGUUUUUGUAAUAAAAUUUGAAAGGAAACA